AUGAGCAGUCGAUUGCAACAUUCACCUUCAAACAGUUCAUAUACCGAUAGUCCAUCAUUAUCGGCAAAUAAUAGCGAAAAUGAUACCGUAUUGAUAGCAAAAAAAAUGAGUAAUGUUAGUUUAGAAGAACGUGAAGGACGUCAACAAGCAUUAGAUCGUCUAGAACUGUCGAAAACUGUAGGUACGGGAAGUUAUGGUCGUGUUUUAUUGGUACGAGAUCGUGAAACAAGCGUCUAUCAUGCAUUAAAAAUAUUUUCCAUUACACAUGUUGUACAAUCGAGACAAACUGAACAUGUCAAAAGUGAAAAAGAAAUAUUAGCAGCAAUUAAACAUCCAUUUAUAGUUAAAUUACACUGGACACAUCAUAGUGAACAAUUUUUAUAUAUGCUAUUAGAUUAUUUACCGGGUGGAGAGCUGUUUACAUAUAUGAGACGUAAAGGCUCGUUUGAUUUGAAAACAUCAAUAUUUUAUGCUGCCGAAAUAACUUCAGCUCUUGAAUAUUUGCAUUCAUUACAAAUUGUGUAUCGUGAUUUAAAACCAGAAAAUAUUUUAUUAGAUGCUGAAGGCCAUGUGAAAAUAGUUGAUUUCGGAUUUGCUAAGAAAAUUAUGAAUAAAACAUUUACAACAUGCGGUACUCCCGAUUAUCUUAGUCCAGAAUUAUUCAAAGGUACCGGUCAUAAUAAAUCAACAGAUUGGUGGUCACUUGGAAUAUUAACCUUUGAAAUGUUAAGUGGUGCAACUCCAUUUAAUCCAAAUCAAAAUGAAAGUGAAAUUCCUGGAAAAGUAUUAAGUGGUAAAAUCUCAUGGCCGAGAACAAUCGAUGAAUCAACAAAAGCAUUUAUUAAAAAACUUUUACAUCAAAAUCCCGAUAAACGAUUGGGUGCCGGUAGAAAUGGCUCAAAAGAAGUUAAAGAGCAACCAUGGUUUUCAUCUAUAAAAUGGGAUGAUGUUUAUCAUCGAAAAUUAAAACCACCGAUUGUACCAGAUGUGAAACAUCCUGGGGAUACAACAAAUUUUGAUGAGUAUAAAGAGGAUUGGAGAUCGACACCCUUUGCUAGCGAUAGACAAUUAGAAUUAUUUCAAGAUUUCUGA